AUGUCAGAUUACAGGUAUUUUCAGAGUAGAGCAAUUCUUGCACCCACACUUAAGAGUGUCGAGAAGGUAAACGAUUUUGUCUUGACAAUCUUUCCAUGGAUGGAAAAGGAGUAUUUGAGCUCUGACACAACAUGCCAAGCUGAUGAGAAUGAAGAUGUACAACAAGAGUGGUUCACACCAGAGUUCCUAAAUGACAUCAAAUGUUCGGGACUACCCAAUCACAAGUUGACUUUGAAGUCAGGAGUCGCUGUAAUGCUAUUGCGAAACAUAGACCGGACUUCAGGUUUAUGCAACGGGACAAGAUUAAUAGUUAACAAACUUGGCAGCAACGUAAUUGGAGCGACGGUAGUGACCGGUAGAAAUAUUGGAGAUAAAGUGUACAUUCCAAGAAUGAACUUGAUCCCUUCAGAUUCAGGAUUGCCAUUUAGGUUCCAAUGGAGACAAUUUUCAUUAACAGUAUGUUUUGCAAUGACCAUUAACAUGAGUCAGGGUCAAUCAUUAUCAUAUGUACGGCUUUAUUUGCCAAAAUCAGUGUUCACCCAUGGACAACUUUAUGUUGCUUUGUCAAGAGUUAAGAGUCACAGUGGCCUCAGGAUUUUAAUUAUAGACGAAGACGGCAAUCCAAAGUCAUCAACAACAAAUGUCGUGUUCAAAGAGGUUUUUAAUAAUAUUUAG